AUAUCAUACUGUCAAGGCAUGAGUGAUAUUGCCUCCCCCAUACUUGCGGUGAUGGACAAUGAGGCACAUGCGUUCAUUUGCUUCUGUGGCAUCAUGAAACGCUUGGAAGGAAACUUCCGGCCUGAUGGGAAGCUCAUGUCUGUGAAGUUCCAGCACCUCAAAUUGCUCCUUCAGUACUCGGAUCCUGAGUUCUACUCGUACCUGGUUUCCAGGGGGGCUGACGACCUGUUCUUCUGUUACCGCUGGCUGCUCCUGGAGCUCAAGCGAGAGUUUGCAUUUGAGGACGCUUUGAGGAUGCUGGAGGUGACCUGGAGUUCCCUGCCCCCGGAUCCUCCUGAAACCGAAGUGGAGCUUAUUGGACCACCUGUGGAAACCAAUGUCAAUGUAGAGAUGUCCUGCAGAGACAAGGAGAAGAGGGUGCAGAUCUGCCUGGGAGAUGAUGGGGAACGAAAAGAGAAGCAAUGUAGACGGCAUAUGCUGAGGCCUUCACGAGAAGAAGAUGUGAGCAGAGAUGCUGUCAUAGCAGAACAAGGAAGUCAAAAAGGAAAGGAAAGCAAGGACAAUGAGUGUGAUAUUUCUCCAGUGACAAAGGAAAAAGCAGAUUCGCAGGCUCCAGCUCUGGAAAGGCAAACUAGCUUCGGGGAGUUUAAAUACUAUACUGCCCGAAAUGAAGAUAGCUUUCAUAUGGAGGAUGGUGAGCAGGGUUUGGGGUCUUCAGACUCAGUAACAAGCAACCCAAGGCGCCAGUCCACAGUGGAGAGUGAGGACGACCCAGGAGAGAAAACUCCCCUCAUAAAAAACUGUUCCUCUCCAGAAUCAUCACCUCCUCUCUUUCCUAGUGGCCUGCAAAUGUGGAAAACCGGCCCCUCAGCCCCUCUCACGUCUCCAGUUUCUCCCUCCAGUUGGCCAGGUGCUUCUCCAGACUCUCCUCCAAACUCCACAACCAAUGGGAGUAAGAGUUUAACUAGAACUCUCACUAAAGUACUCACCUCCUCCGCCCAGGUGCUCAGCAGCACAGAGGUUAUGUCCCCCUCCACGCCCACUUUAAAAAACGCGUCUCCAUCCCACGCUCACAACCGCUUUCUGCUCUCUUCGCCCACUCUGUUCUUUGGGAGAGGCUCCUCCCCCAACAGGUCGUCCUCCAACAAUCUCCCUUCACCGGGCAACAAAUCCCCCAGCAAUACAGCUAACAUGAGCACUUCAUCAAAAUCCGAGACCACCAGCAUCAAACCAUGUUCCCUGCCGCCCCCCCAGGAGUUUGGCAAAGGAAACCCCUUCAUGCUCUUCCUGUCCCUGUCCAUCUUGCUGGAGCACCGAGACCACAUCAUCAAGAACAACUUUGACUACAACGAGCUGGCCAUGCACUUCGACCGCCUGGUGCGGCGCCACAACCUGAGCCGGGUGCUUCAGCGGGCCAAGGCGCUGUUCGCAGACUACCUGCAGAGCGAGGUGUGGGACUCAGAGGAGGGGGACGAGGUGAGCUUGGACUCCCCCACUACCGCUCCACAAGGUCUCUCCCCCACCUUCUCCUCCAGGCCCAUUUACAGCCACCUAGCAUCUCCUCAAUCACCAAACUCAACCUAUAACCUUGCAACCACCAUUCCCUCCCAACAGCUGAAGUGCCCCCCCCCCCCUCUAUCUUAGUCCAUCAUGAACCACUGGCCUCCCAUCCUUAGUGAACUGCUCAGUAGACUUUGGCCCAUUGGAGGCAGAGAUCUGUUUUUAGACGGCCAUCCAAAUUGAAUUGGGCCAUCGAGGAUGGAAAAACGUAUUCUGUGUAUGCUUGAAUACAUACUGUAUAUUCUCUAUGUCUAUAAUCAUUGUAAUAUUACAUUUAAUUAGGCAUUUUACUGUUUGUCCUAAAAGUGGUAAAGACAGGUUAGUUUCUCAUUUCUGAUAGGCUGCUGAUGCAUGAGACUUUAAACCAUGUGAUCAGGACUGAGGUUUCCCAGAACAAAGAAGAGUUUCUCUCCUUGGUGCAUUUAGCCUGAGUUGCCCUUUUUAUCAACUUUGUUUACAAGAUCUUGUUAUGUCUAACAAGCCACACAAGUGUCUUAACUAAAGUUGUAUUAGUUAUUAACUUAAGGGAAAAUCCAGAUUCUGAUAGGUUGUCAGUUUGUCACAACGGGAAGUGAUGACAACACUUGGAUUCAAGACAAGGCCAGGACACGUACUGUACUUACCUUAUAUAUACCUAACCUAACCUGUCACCAUUAACCUUAAAGGAUACACCCUCAUUACCUGUAUAUAGAGUAACUGUUGCUGAGAACAUAACUGACAUUUA